AAUUAUACAGCGUCGUUCCUGCAGGUUUCCAUACUUUAUAAUUCAAGAGGAGUCGCAUUAGUUGAAUGCUUGCAUUUGGUACAGGAUUGAAGUCAUUCAAGAUUUAAGCUUAACCAAGAUUAACUCAGUAUUUUGUGGAGAUGUGAUGGAAAUUUCAAGAAAGUGAUCUGGGAUGGAAUAUUUUUUGACUGAGGCAGUGCAUUGAGUCUCUUGGAUAUAUUUAUAGCUAGUGCAUCUUAAUCGUCUGUCACAUUGUGCAGCACCAAAAAAAAAAGGGGGAGAAAGAUUCUGAUAGGAUAACUGAGUGAUGAGCUCUCCCCGAAGAUAAACUGUUGCUAUAGAGAUGAACUGGUUUCCAUGCCGACAUAUACAGUUUUGUCCUCUGACAACCAGCGUAUGGUCAUCUUGUGAUAGAGUAGGAGCAUGUUUGAAUUUUGAUUUAGAUUUUUACAUUGAUUUAAUUAUUGUAAUUGAUGUUUUACACAGAGCAACUUAAAAGCGAGUUAGGGACCUUUUAUCAAGUUUGGCUGACUGUUCAAAUCUACAAUAGAUUGGUGGGAAUAAUUCUAUAAAGUUAAAGAUAACAUUUAUAGCAUAAAUAGAUGAAUUGUCAGUUGAAUAUUUCCUCUAUUGUAGUAUUUACUUUGAUUCAAAAGGACAUGUACAAUAAUAUGCAUUGUUGUUUUUUUCAUUGUUAUUUCAUGUCAUAUACAUUAUGAUAAUAAUAAUGCUUUAUUUAGAGAAGGUAGCCCGAUUAGUACAUAGUUCUAUUCUUCCACAGGGCCUUCUGAAAUACUAACAAUUAAUGUUCAAUGUGUUACUAUGAGUUUAGGAAAACAAGAUUCAUCUAAAUCUCUUUGAGAACUAAUACCCAUUUUGGAAUAAUUGGGAAAUUAGCUGAGAAUAUCUCCCUCCUUAAAAAUUUUUUUUUAAAAACCCACCCUAACGUUGUUUUAUUUUAGUAGGCUUUUCUUUAAUUUCAAGAUGUGAAAUGGGAAAGUACAGACAAUCAUAUUAUGGCUUUAUUAUUAAGUCCAACAUUAAUGUUCGUACUGGUAGUGUUGUGUGAGGAAAUUCUGUAUCCAGCCCGUUCCAUUACACUGUGUUAUGCCUUCCAGAUGGUGUAUACACUGUACUGCUCAAAUGGAGACUGACUCAACAUGGGGUCGACAUCUCCAUAUGUAUUCAUUACAAAUGUAUCUCCCAGUCUGCUAAUGCAAAAAUUGCUAUAGCACAUGGCUUUCUCUAAUGCUAAUUGUAGGUGAAUUAACUAGGUAUAUAUGGUUAUGAACCAGUGACAUAAAGCAAAAAAAAAUGGGGGGGGGGUAUGUUUUAUUUUUAGAAUUUACACGUGUAGAAAGGUAGGGGUGGGGGUGUUCUCCUGUACUAUCGUCAUAGUUUGUAUCACACAGGAUGUAUUUCAAUCCACCAACCAUUUGGUAUCCAUUAAGAUAUUUGCAUGAGAUAUUUUUUAAGCUAAAGUUGAUUAAUAUUGGUGGUUAAUUGGUACACUUUUGAUGAUGUUACUAUUUAUUUUCAUCUUGAGAUGAUAUUGGAAAGCGUAGAAGUGAAGCAUUUGGCUAACAUGACAUUUCAAACUGGGGCAAUAAAGGGGGCACAGAUUGAUUUCUUUAAUGUGCUUAUGAAGUAGAAGUUGUAUUACAUGGGCAAUGAUGGUACCGAUUGAUUCAAGACUUCUACAAGUAGCCUUAGGACAUCUUACGAUUGUGUAAGGAGGUUAACAAUCUUAUUUGUAGUUAUGGGGUGGAGGAAGAAAUUUGGAGUAAAAAUGGUAUCAGAAUCAAUACCUGUAUUUGCUAAAGGUCUAGACAAGCUUGUAAUAGCUGAUUUUACAAUCACUAAUUGUUAUCAUGUGCUGCACAGCUUCAUUACUGUAAACAGGAGUAUGGUGUAAUGCUCACUCUGGUCACCUGGUGUCUAUAGGGCUGCAUACAGAUGUGCAGAUAUUUGGGAGUUGGUGAGGCAAAACCACAAAUGUCACGGUCCUACUAGGAAAACGAGUUGUUAAUUCUUUCUUGGAGGAAGAGUACUGAGAUGCAUGUUCAGAUAAAUGUCUGUUGUAGCUGACUGUGUGGUGAGAUCGGUAUUCAGAGCGACAUUCAUAGAGCACUGCAUCCUGCACAGACUGUUGAGACCAACUGUCAGCUACUAUACGAUGCACAUUCUGAAGGAAGAAGUGGUGAUGAAACCGAUAACUUGGCUGCAGGACCUUUACACAUAGAGAAAAACGACUUGUACUGUGUAACAGUGAUAUAUGUGUGGAGACUUACUAGCAUUGUGUAAGGAGGAGAGACUGUGUUGUCUGAAGUUUUGUGUCGGUGCCUUAAAACCUGCAUUGCUCAACCACCACUCUGCUUUUCUUAUGCCCCCCGCUGCAGUUGUGUUGAUGAUGACCAUGGAGACUAAAAGUUUUUUCAUCUGAUGGCUUCGUCUGGCUUCAGAUCUCUCUGUUGUUGCUUUUGUGGAUCUAAAAGGAAAUUCCAAAAACUACAGACUUUUGAAUCUGGUGAAGAAACUGAAUCUCUGCCUUUGAAAACUGUUCAGACGGAACAGCCAAAGUGUGCACAGCCUACGACUCCCGUCUCAGUGAAGGAAGACAGUCCCGCCCCUGUGUCAGAAAGGGAGGUGAGUAUCGUCUCACCCGUGGCAGAGAAAGAGGACACUGCUCCCAUCGCCCCAGAGGAGGAGAGUCUAUUGUUAGAGUUUGAAGGUGAGGGCAUAUCACAAACUCGGAGUAGCACCUGUACGCCCUCCCUACCUAGGGAAGCAAAAUCGGAAGUAAAAAAGGACAAUACACCAGAUUUGAUACGACAACUGAACACCGAGACUACAUUUGUUGAUAGAGAAGUGAAAUCUGACAGUACACCAGUUAUAAAUAGGCAACCCAAGCCAAUUCCAAGUCUGCUGAUUCGUAGUAAAGGUCCAGAUACACAAUUAGAAGCUGCUAUUACUCAAGAAAACGUUAAAUCGUUAGCUAAUUCAAGUGGUCCCAAUAGUGGGGAGGAAACUAAAGUGCAAGAGCUAUUCACAGAUAAAGGGGAAGUAACUGGAGAGUCUGAGAGUGAAGAACAGAAUAGCCCGUGUGUCGACAAAGUCAAGCUUCUAGAAGUUCUCAACCUUAAAUUGACAAAUAUCAUGGAAAGAGCAGAUAAUUUAGUGGUGGAGCAAGUAUCUGUCAAUAUGGCUGCAAAAUCUGAACAUGUUGCUCCCAACACAGAAGUGAUUUCCUCUCUGGUGGAGCAGUUGGAGGCACCUGCUGAAAGGGAUGCCUCUCCGGAAUCAGAUGGCUCCAUGCACGGUAGUUCAGGAUCGGAGGCAUUGGAGGAAGCCCUGAAGGAUGCUGGGGUUGUAAAUGGACAAAAGCAUGAGAACAAAGGGGGAGACAAACAGGAGAAGGGAGAAAAGAAGGAGGAAAAAAUAGGGAAAAAUAAAAAGAAAGAGGACAAAACCAUUGAUCACAUAUUGAGAGCAUUGAGCAGUUUAGAAACCACAGAAGAAAAACUUGCAGCUCUGUGUAAAAAAUAUGCCGAUUUACACGAAGAUCACCGUGUUCUACAGAGCACGCAUAAACAACACCAGAGGAAGUUAGCCAUGGUAACAAGAGAGAAGGACCAGCUCCAGACAGAACACACUAAGGCAGUGAUGGCUAAAAGUAAGCUGGAGGGACUCUGUCGAGAAUUACAGAAACAUAACCAGGUCAUCAGGCAAGAGAGUUUACAAAGAGCCAGAGAAGAGGAUGAAAAAAGGAAGGAGAUAUCCAGCAAAUUCCAGACCACCAUCACUGAGAUUCAGCAACAGAUGACCGAUCACCAUGACAGAAACCUCAAGCUGCGGGAAGAAAACCAGGAACUGGCGGGCAAACUGAAAAAGUUCAUCGAGCAGUAUGAAGUCAGGGAGAAGCAAGUGGAGAAGGUGAUGCAGCACAGAGAACUGGAGCAAAAGUUAGCCGACGCCAAGUUAGAGCAAGCCAAUGCUUACCUUGCCGAGGAGCAGGAAAGGAGCAGAAAGGAGCAUGCUGUGGCUGCUGAAAGUGCCAAGCGUGCUGCUUUGUUAGAAACACAGUUAGCCAUGUAUAAAGAAAGGUACGAGGAGUUCCAGUCCACCAUCAACAGGAGUAAUGAUAUGUUCCAGAAGUUUAAAACAGAGAUGGAAAAGAUGACAAAAAGAAUUAAAAAAUUGGAGAAAGAUGGUGCUGCCUGGAAGAAUAAAUGGGAAAAUGCCAACAAAGCUUUACUGGAAAUGGCUGAGGAGAAAACACUGUAUGACAGGGAGAAACCACUGCUCCUUAGUAAGAUCCAGAAACUCGAGUCAUUGUGCAGAGCUAUGCAAGCUGAGAGACUUGGGAGAAAGGCGGCUGAAGCCAGUAACAUAGAUAUAUCAAAAAUAGACGAAGAGUUACCGAAAGUUUUGUCCACCUCCUCAGCUCUCCCCAAAUCCUCACCACUCAACACUAAACCAGAGGCUGGCAAUGACCCUCCCACUGCAUCAGAACCUGAGGGAAAAUCCCACCCCCCAGAGCCCAGCGGGCAGGGACAGACAAAUGAUGGUGCCAAUGCUGAUCCCACAGAUGAAAGCCAGUCUUCAGACAAAUCCGAGGAAACUCCAGCCGAGUCAAACUUAGAGAGUCAACCUAAUGCCUUAACAACUGAAACAUAGCAAAAAUGAGGACUUCUCUUGAGUUUCGAUGCAUUUUCAUUUUCGCAAACCAUGUUGUAAAAUAUGUUUCCACCAAGGACAGCUUUGAAUUUAUUUGGUUGUUUUUAGUAUGCAAGAUGAGCAAAGAUGUUUUAGAGCAAUAUUUAAAACUGAAUUAUUAAAAGUUUAUUGGAGAAUAAA